GGAAGUCACAGACAUGAUCCGUUUGCUCCCCAAACCGAGCGGAAAACUCGGGGUUUCGGCCUUGUAAUGUUUUGGUACUUCACGGGAUACAGACUCGGGACUGUGUUGGUCUAAAAAAGAGCCGAAAUCUCACGAGCUCUGAGGGGCUGGGUCUGUGGCCGAGCCUGCUGCUCUGUUUACAGGCUAGCUCGCUAGUUCAGUAGCCGCAGCUGCCUUGGCGACGAGCUGAGUAACUAAUCUCAAGACAGCCAUCGAGGCAGCUCGCAGUUAUUUCACUUUUCGCUCCCCUUUUAUUGCAUAGCCAUGGCAACUCGGCGACUGACCGAUGCCUUCUUAUUAAUGCGGAACAAUGCAAUCCAAAACCGGCAGAUUUUGGCUGAGCAAGUGAGUACAUACGACCCCCGUCGUACUCUGAAUACACGUAGCAAUGCUGCGGAGUUUGAUGAGUUGGCAGAUGACCGUAUGGCCCUGGUGUCGGGCAUUAGUUUGGAUCCAGAGGCUGCUAUCGGUGUCACAAAGAGACUCCCGCCUAAAUGGGUGGAGGGAGUGGAUGAGAUUCAGUAUGAAAUCACACGUAUUCGUCAAAAGAUGAAGGAGCUGGCCAGUCUGCACGAUAAACACAUGAACCGGCCCACGCUGGAUGACAGCAGUGAGGAGGAGCAUGCCAUCGAGAUCACUACACAGGAAAUCACACAGAUGUUUCACAGGUGCCAGCGGGCCGUGACGGGACUGCAGACUCAGAGUUAUCACUGUACAGAGCAGGAGAACAGGCUGUUGACGAAUGUGGUCUCCUCAUUGGCUCAGAGCCUUCAAGAGCUGUCACUCAACUUCAGACACACGCAGUCUGGAUACCUGAAGCGUAUGAAGAACCGUGAAGAAAGAUCCAAGCACUUUUUUGACUCCGGUCCACUUGUGGAGGAGGAUGAAGAUAUUGCACUAUAUGACAGAGGAUUUACAGAUGACCAACUCGUGCUGGUUCAGCAGAACACAGUGAUGGUGGAGGAGCGGGAGAGAGAAAUUCGACAGAUCGUUCAAUCCAUUUCUGACCUUAACGAGAUCUUCAGAGAUCUUGCUGGAAUGGUUGUUGAACAGGGUACAGUCCUUGACAGAAUCGACUUCAAUGUGGAACAAUCUUGUGUGAAAACAGAGGAGGGACUCCAGCAGUUGCAAAAGGCUGAACAGUAUCAGAAGAAGAACCGCAAGAUGUUGGUCAUUUUAAUUCUCUUCGUCAUAGUUGUCGUUCUAAUACUUAUUCUGUUCGGGACCAAGUUUAGUUGAAUCAUUCCAUGGCCUCCAGGAGGGAUUUACCAGUGUGGAUGAGAAAACGGAUGUAUUUGUGUGCGUGAGGGUGUAUGUUAGACCAUUAUUUGAGGGUGGAAUAUUCGAAGGUGCUUCUAUUUGAAACGCUACACCACAAGAGGAAGCCUGUAAGGACUCCCCCUGCUGGCCACUGAGUGCAGUGUCUUUAAUAGAUGAUCAUGUGUUUAACCCUACAGCGAGAGGCAGUGUUAGCGCUCAGGAUCCUUUCAGAGGGCCUUUUUUUUCUCCAAACACAAGCACAGCAUUUCAGAGAUAGGUUGCGAAGCGGCAGCAUGUUAAUCUCAGCCACUCAUGUCAUCUCGUUUGAGGAGUAAACAGGAAGCUGAUGGGGAAAGAUAAGAAGAUUUCUCCUGCAAGAUCAUCAUAUCGGCUUGGGUGAAUCUCUUCAGAGGAAUAUCCAGGUCACGUUUCAGCCCUAAAGAGAAAUAUGAAAUGUUGUUUCAUAGACAUACAUGCUUAUAAUCGGAUUGUUUUUCCAUAGAUGUGUAUUUGUUUUCUAUGGAGAAAAAAAAAGACCAAUUGAAAUUUGUUGGAUUUCCUGGAUUUUUUAGGUAUGGGUUUGAGUAAGACGUUAAUAUUUACUGUAUUCUAGAAGAGAUUUCUAUUAAUGUAUUGUCAUUUAGAGCUUUGUUUUUUCAGGAAAUUGGCCAAAAUGACAGAUGUUUUCAUGUUGUUGUCAAAAAACAGAGUUACUCCAACAAAUAUCUGAAGUUAAAACACUGUGUAACUUUAUAGACAACACAACACUAAACAUGACUGAACGCAUGGCAGCUUUUUUUUUGUUUUUGUUUUGACAAAUUGUCAAAGAAAUGCUCUAAGGGUGCUUUCACACUUGGUUCAGAUGCCAGGUCCGAACCCAAGUUCAAUUGACCCCCCCCCCCCCCCUCUCCCUUUGCCAUCUUUCAGCUGGUUUGUGUUCACACCCUCUUUUUUCCGUCUGAACCCUGGUACACUUGCUUCAUCAAGCUGCUCGUUUGUGUACGGCUGUUCCUAGGUGAUGUCCGCAUAUUACGGUUGUUCUGCUUUUACUGAAACUUUUGGUUUUAUUGUUUGUUUGUCGCCAAGGUAGGUGAUACACAGACAAGCACACACGAAUGAACGUUGUGAGUUGUUGUACAGUUGGCGGUUCACCUUCGUAUUUGGUACGAUUGCAUUAAUAUCAAAAGUGAACCAGAUCAGAGUCCGCAUGAACCGCACCCCAGACCACCUCUUUCAGGGAGCUUUCACACUAGCACUUUUGGUCCACACCUGGGUUCAUUUGAUGCCAAAGUACGGUACGUUUAGCUAGUGUGGACGCUGUCUUCUGAACUCUGGUGCUCACCUGUGAACUGUACCCGAGUGCACCUGAAAGAGGUGGUCUGGAGUACCGCUUGUUUCUAGUACUCUAGUCUGGUUCACUUUUGAUAUGAAUGCAAUCGUACCUAAUAAUGGAAGUCAACCGCCAACUGUACAACAACCUUUAAUUUUCAUAACGUUCAUUCGUGUGUGUUUGUCUGUGUAUCACCUACCUUGGUGACGAGCGGGACUGACUCAGUGUAAACAGUGCUAAUGUCUGCUUGUCUCCACCAAAAACGACUUCUGCAGACAUCGCGUGGUGUUCUGAACGUUUUUAAUGUUUUUUGUGGCAGAUAGACGCAAAUGGCUCUCGAAUGACCGUGGUAUGUAGACGUAUCCAUUUUGGCACUUUGCUUUCGUGGCCAUCACCUAGCAACAGCUGUACUCAAAACAGCAGCUUGAUGACGCAAGCACACCAGGGUUCAGAAGGAGAAAAGACAGUGUGAACACAAAACAGCCGAUGGGGACUAUAGUACUUGGGUUCCAACCAGGCAUUCAGACCAAGUGUAAAACACCCUCAGUGGACUUGGAUGCGGUUAAAGGGUGCGCACCCGAGUCCAGAAGACAGCGUUUACACUAGCUAAACAUACCGUACCCUGACAACAAAUGAACCCGGGUGCGGACCAAAAGUUCUAGUGUGAAAGCUCCCUUAAUGACAAAAAAAAUCUAUUUGUAAGGAAUAUCAUCAGUACACUGUAAACAUGCAGGGUUCCACAAUUCCUUCAUGUUGUCCCAACACAAAUCAAUUAAGUUAGCUUAAUUGUUUUUACAAAUUUAAAUGGAUUGAACAUAAAACCAUUAAGUUGUCCCAGAAAAACUCAAGAAUUGUGUUGAUUCAGCUCAUUUUAAAGUAGUUUGAAGAAGCAGCAGAAAUUAUAUUUUGAGUGUAGUUUACAGAAAAGAAAACUGAUGUUUUACUCAAGCACAUAACUACACAUUUUCAUAUUUCCAUUAUACAAUUUUAAUGACAUUUCAUCAUUUCCAUCUCGAUUGGCAUUAUAAAGUUUAGCAAAAAUAAAAAAGUAUCAGUUUUACAGUAUUUUGUACUGUAUAACCAUGAUACAAAUUUGAUUGGUCUCAUAUUAGGACUAGUUAACGAGACAUUAGUAGGGAUUGGGUUGGCAUCAAAUUAAAUGCACAAUGGAGACUCUUUAGUAUAUAUGGGUCUUUGAAGGUUGUUCAAUUUGACCUGAACAUGUUUUCAACAAAUUCUCCAACAUUCUGGGCUUCAGUUUGUGUCAUUUUUGCAUUUUUCCACUGCAUUUUGCAUUGGAAAGCUGUCUUUUAAUCAGACCGUGGUUAUUUAUAAGGAUGUGUGUUUGAUUUGAGCCCAAGAUGAUGUCACAGAAGUCUCUGAUUUUCCACAAAUGUGUGUAUGCGUGUCUGUAUGAAAGAGCGAAGCACUGACACUCCAAAAAGCCAUUGAGGAAGUUAAAGACUGAGGAUCACCUAUUCAAACCAUAGUCUUUUUCCUUACCGUUGUUUUGUAUGUGGUGAAAUGUGUAGCGUUGGGAUUCUGACAGCAGGUAUUGAAUGAACUGAAUGUUACAGGUUUGUCUGCAUUUUAACGGCAGUGUUGUCAUGAUAUCAGUAUCAUUUCAGUGAUUUGUUCUGGAGUUUUGCUUUAUUCCUUGCCUUAAAGAGUGGACAUCUGUGCGCUGAUCCUGGAUGUUGUUGUUUUUUAAAGCUUUGCUCGUCCAUGUUUCAUUGAUUAUUGUUGUCACUACCGUAAUAAUCAGUCUGAGCUUUAAACUGAACUUUGAUCGUCGUUUUCAGACUGAAGCUCGGUCGCCUCUCUGCUGACUGACUGUACAACUACUGUUCCCUGUACAAGAUGAAAUUAUUUAUUUUAGUUGCACAUAUGUGUACAGUUUAUGGAGUUCUGUUGUCGUCUGUUAGUAGCCGUGUCUAAAGCCUUUAGGUUGUCUUUUCUGUUUUUUGUGUAUUGCAAUUUUUCUGUCCUCUCACAAAUCAAUUCUUGUUGGCUUUUCUGAAGGGCGUUUGCACCACUACUGUAUGACGGGGGUAAAAUGAUGAAGACGUUGACCAUGUUAUUUUAUAAAUCCAGAGACAGUUUAUUCUUGUGUUAUUUUAGAAGAUGAUAUAACUGCACAUUCAAGGCUUAAACCCAUUUCAUGUGGUUUUCUUCAUGGUGUUGGCGUGAAAUUCAGUGUGAAAUUUCUAAUAUUUUUCUGCCAUUAUGGUACUACUGUAUGCUAUUUGAACCUUCUGUUAAAGCUGACCAGGUUUUUAAUGAAAUUAAAACAAAUAUAUAUAUAAAAAAGGA